UGGGACACUCGGGACUGAGAUUCCCUCCACUCCUCAUUGUAGGUAGACCAAGACCAACGGGAAAGGUUGACAUGGGCUUGCAUAUCACAAUUCCAACCUUCGUUUCUGCAGAUAUGCAUUAUGAAGUGGUUGCUGAAGCGACUAUGAGGAAGCUGAGCUCAACUAACUCAUAAUUUAAAAUUUCAGCGGACGAGGUCGCUGUAUAUUGCCUUGCGAAUGUGAGAACCAUGGCCACACCACCUUACUUGAUUAGACAUCUAGAGGUAUCUGUGAUAAUUGAUGGUCUAUCCUUCAAAUACGAAUACUCGGUAUUCAUGUGUUCAAUUCCUCCAGUGGGGCCCCAUUCCGGCACUUGAAUGGAGCUAUCCUAGCCAAGGUAGUAUGUGGUCAAGAUAACGGGAGACUGUCGAUCAGAGAUAUCAAAAAAGACAGCGUAGUAUGUAGUCGAAAAAAAUAAACCCUCGUUGCCAACUAGACUUGAGACAACGGGAUGGUGAUGUGACAGAGCUACCUACCCAUCGCAUAAUGUCAAGAGGGAUGCCGACUUGGUAGCAGCAGCAGCCAUUACGUCACCUAUAUCAAAUCAGAUUUAGAUGCUACAUUAUUCUUUAAGUGCUUGCAUAUGGCGUUCCUGCUCUCAACCCAAAGCGUCGAGACAUGUGGGAGGUGACCAAUGGCGCGAUGGGUUAUCGUCAGGCCUCAUACCUGUUCCUUGAUAAGUGGUUCAUUGGCUGCAAAGUGCUACCGGAAGAGCCUUGGAUCCGAUGCUAAGCUACGUAGGCGCCUGGGUUGGUCGGCGAACAUUGUUGCAGAAGAUGUGAUGCCUUCGAGAUUGUCCCCAACAGGUCGAAUGAUGAUCCUGACGGCAAAUCCGGAGCAACACAAGGUACUGGCUGCGCUGCAGAUGCAUCGACAGAUUCGACACCUGCCUACCCUUCCCGUUGGUGACGAUCCCCUUCUGGUCUACACUGCGUAGUAC